AUGGUGGAUGUUGGCGAUAUCAAUCUCGUUCUUGGGUAUGAAGAUGCGGAUGAGCGAGCGGCGUCUACGGUUCCCACGACACCUGAGGGGAGUUGCACUUUCAGUCCUGUUGUUAGAGCGGCGAGUCGGCUAGUUAUUGACGGCGAAGACGCGGGGCAGGAUACAUUUCCGCAGCUCGAUGCGAAGCCCGUGGAAGUGAGCUUCACUGGAAACAGUGGCAGCAGUCCGGUCCGCAACAUCUGUUGCGUAGGCGCUGGCUACGUGGGAGGGCCCACGGCGGCGGUUAUUGCGUACAAAAACCCUCACAUCCGCGUCACGAUUGUGGAUAGAGAUGAGCGCCGGAUCAGGAGAUGGAACUCGAAGCAUCCUCCCAUCUACGAGCCUGGCCUGCGAAAUAUUGUCAGAGUCGCAAGGGACGGCACCAAGGAAUAUUCAGCGCCCGUCUCUAGCCAUUAUGUCAAAAUGGACCGCUGCGAGACUUUCUCGCCAUCCUCAUCAGUCACCUCUGAGUGCGGAAGUCAAUGUGGUGAGAGCAGCAGCAGCAGCAGCAGCAUCUCAGUCCCGCCUCGUCAGCCAAACCUCUUCUUCUCCACAGAUGUCUCAAGAUGCAUCUCAGAAGCGGACGUGGUCCUCGUCGCAGUCAAUACCCCAACAAAGACGCGAGGUCACGGCGCCGGCAGCGCAACGGAUAUGGCGGCCUUUGAGGCCGUCACCACCGAGGUGGCCAAACAUGCACGACCGGGCGCCAUUAUCGUAGAAAAGUCUACCGUGCCAUGCCGGACCGCAGAGCUUGUGCGAGAAACACUCGCCGCCCAUCGACCAGGCGUGCAUUUUGAAAUCGUUUCCAACCCAGAGUUUCUCGCCGCAGGCACAGCCGUAAAUGAUCUCCUGCACCCAGACCGCGUCCUCAUCGGCACAGACACGACGUCUUCAGGUCAUCGCGCAGCCGAGGCGCUGGCCAGUGUAUACGCCGCCUGGGUCCCCCGCGCACGCAUCCUCACGACAAACGUCUGGUCAUCUGAGCUCGCGAAGCUAGUCGCCAACGCGAUGCUCGCGCAGCGAAUAAGCAGUAUCAACUCCAUCAGCGCAAUCUGCGAGCGGACGGGCGCGGACGUGGAUGAAGUUGCCGCCUCCGUCGGCCGGGACCCGCGUAUCGGGGACAGAUUCCUGAAAGCGGGCAUCGGGUUCGGUGGCAGUUGUUUCAAGAAGGACAUUUUGAGUCUGGUGUACCUUGCCGAGUCACUUGAUCUCGACGAGGUGGGGGAGUAUUGGCGGCAGGUCGUCAAGAUGAACGAGUACGCGCGCGAGAGGUUCACGAGGCGCGUGGUCAAGUGUCUCAACAAUACCCUGGCUGGAAAGAAGAUUACCAUCCUUGGGUAUGCUUUUAAGAAGGACACGUCUGAUACGAGGGAGUCGCCUGCGCUAGAGAUUAUUCGGGCGCUGUUGGAGGAGGGACCUAGGGAGAUUGCGGUGUUUGAUCCGUGCUGUAAUCCUCUCGUGAUUCAAGCGGAGAUCCGACAGCUCUGUGGUACACGGACAACGACGUCGGAGAAAGACGGUUAUGGUGUUGGACCCGUGGUUGUGUACGGGAACGCGUAUGACGCUUGUCGUGGUAGCAACGCGGUUCUCAUCACAACCGAGUUUGACGAGUUUCGGAACACGGGUGAGCUCGACGCCAGGGAUACGCCGGGUUCUGCGUCUUCUUCCUCUUCUUCUUCUUCUGAUCCCCGCGGAAGCACGACAUUGCGGGCGGCGGAGACGGCGGGUCAAGCGCUUCGGCAGCCGGAUGUGAGACUAGCACUGGGGAAGGGGGAGAUGGGCGCGGCGACUUUGGAUGAUCCACUCGGGCGAUACGUUGCUGAGCCUGCUUGUGCGGGAGAUUGCCCGGAUUGUCGGGCAGAGGAGGAGGAUCACGAGAUCUCGGGAUUUGUUUCCAAGGGGCCGGGGGCGGAAGAGGGAAAGACGGCCAAGGAGAGGGUUGACUGGGAGAGGGUUAACUGGGAGAGGGUGGCGGGCGAUAUGCUGGUUCCAAGGUGGGUGUUUGAUGGGAGAGGGGUGAUUGAUGCUGAUGAGAUGGCCAAGCUGGGGGUUCGAGUUGAGAGUGUUGGGAGACGGGGGAGGAGUUGA